AUGAAAGUCGAAGGCGGAGCGCAUCCCAAAACGAGAUUGAUUGACAAUAAAGACUUUAUUCUUCACUCCAAUAAUGUCGUCGAGAACGCGAAACAAAUCAGCAUUACGUUCCCGCCACCAACCGUAUCAUCCGACUGUGGAACUGUCAUAAGGGAUGGAAGGAUGGAAGCGCUCGUCGUCGUCUCACUCGAUGGCGUCCUUCCCCACCAGGUUACCACGGAGUGGGAUCGAUUCUACCGAGUUUCUUGCGACGUCUCCAUGGAUAAAAUGACCAAGGAAGGCUCCGUAGUUGUUACUACGAUUUACGAGGCCAGCUCACAAAACACCACGGUCUUGGAAGUGGCAACCCCUCCACCAGUCACCGCUGAACUCACCAUUCUCAAUCAACUCGAGGAACCUCUUCACAAGGCUUCAAUUGGAGACCCGCUGAUGCUAGUUAUCACAUCUGAACAAGCUGGACCUCACAACAUGAUGAUUACAGAGUGCACAGCCACUCGGGUGGGAGGGUUUGGUGACAGCGUACCGUUCACUCUCAUCGAGAAUGGAUGCCCUCGUUAUCCUGCCUUAGUCGGACCAGUGGAGCAAGAUUUCGACAAGAACCGAUUGAAGAGUGACCUGCGGGCAUUCCGUUUGGAUGGCUCUUAUGAUGUCCAAAUCAUCUGCUCCAUAAUGUUCUGUGCUGGACCUAACGGAUGCCCGGUGUCGAACUGCUUGGAUUCUGGUACCAAUGAGCUGUUCAUGUCACACGGACGAAAGAAGCGUUCGACGCCAACGACAGAAGGGCAGACUGAAGAGACCUUGUCAGCCAUCAUCCGUGUGCUUGCCAAAGGCGAGGAAGAGGAAUUUGAGUCGAACAAUCGAACGCUUCUCAGUGCGACGGACGUAGACCUGGUGUGCAUGUCGGAAACGUGGUUCGUCUCUUCAAUAGUCUCUAUAUCCGUUUGCUGCUUGCUCUUCUCCGCCCUCAUCGUAAUCUGGGGCUGUCAUUCCCUGAAUACUACCAAGGUGAAGCUCCCUAUGUAA